GCGGUAAACUGUAAAGCACUAAAGCGUAGGAGGAGUCCCUGCGGAUUGUAUAUCGUUUGGACAACCUAAAUUUUUUUCCCAUAAAAUUUAAAUUCGUUUUGGUAGCUGCAGUGUAGUAAUUUUAAAAUAGAUAAUCAUAAAUCCAGAUAUGGGAUCAAUAGUUCUAAAGAGUCUUUCGGUUCUACUUGGUAUUUUUUUCCUAUUUGUAGGUACUCUGAAAAUGAGUCCUGUCAUCAGUAAAGAGCUGCACAAGGAUCUCCGAAAGGACUAUGUUAAGUAUGCUAAAGUAUUUCCACUCUCCAAAAUGAUCGACUUUAAAGUGCCAGCUAAAUGGUACAGAAGAGCUGUUGGUGGCACUGAAGUAUUAAGUGGUGUUUGCUUGGCAUUUGUUCCUUAUAGAAACGUUAAACAAGGGGCAAAUAUAACUCUUUUGAUGUCACAUUUAUUGGCUGUUUAUACACACUAUGCAGCAAAAGAUAAAUUUGAACGAAUGGCUCCAGCACUUGUGUUUUUAUUCAUGUUAGCUGGACGAUUGGUUAUUGAUUAUCAACUGAGGCGCAAAGAACUGGCAGAAAUUGCUGAACCUAAAGCUCAAAAACAAGAAUAGAAAGAAAAUAACUUUUCCCAAACUUAGCUCAUUUUUAUUAAAAUUUUUGCACAUUAAUUAUUGUAAGGAUUUGUUUUAACUAAAGCUUGGGAAACACAACCCCUGUUCCAUCCCUCCAAAAUAAGAUAACAAAUUGUUGUGUUCAUUCAUUCUAGUCAUUUAUGUUAGUACCUAUGUAAAUAAUUUGUGUGUAGGGUGUAAAUUAAUUUUUACAUAGUUUUUUUGUUUUUUGAUCAAUUUAAACAUCAUGUAUAUUAAAAAUAAAGAUAAUAAUUUAAAACAA